AUGGAAAGUACAGAUCAACUCGGUAAUGCUGAUGACCCAGUUUUCAGAAGCUCAAGCACUUUGAACAACCACCUUAGAGAUAAGAGACAAAACAAGCGCAGCAAGGAUCACCAUGGAAUUGAUCACAGCAAUAAUCAGAGUACCUCAUCAUUAGAGAAACUUAUAAACUCUGGUUCAUAUAUAGAUCAUCGAAACCAAAGUGAUUUAGCACAUCUUCAUUCGUCUCCUGCCAGAUCAAGAAGAAGAAAUAAUGGGAGUGUAUUCAAAAGGUCAAACUUGGGAAACAGUGACAACACUAAUAACCACAACAACCAUAACAACAAUAAUAACGACAACAACAACAACAACAACAACAAUAACAGCAACAGUAACAAUGCUGGGUCUCCAAAUAGUGGAGAUGGAAAUAUACCGCCACGAAGACCAUCUAAUCUCCCGUUGACUAAUCGCAAUUUACAGCAUUUGCUUCGAAGCUCUGUUUCCGCACCAGGUGCUGCAGAGAGCACUACACCCGAUGCAGUUGCAUUGGAUAUGGAUCAAUUUGCAAGAGAACAAAGUCGACUUGCAAGAUCACACUCAUGGACUGAUCCAUUUGGCGAUGGCCAGGGUCAAGGACAAAACCAGAGCCUGAGCUACGGAAAUGGAAAUGGAAAUGGAAAUGGAAAAGAAUAUGGAAGGAAUGACUCCUAUACUGGAAAUGGUGAUUUUGAUAAUUACUCGGUCAACUCGCUUGAAUUUGGAGAGUCAAAUCCAUCGUCUGAUCAUUCUAGUGACUCGACAUCGCUCGAUGAUGUUUGGCAUUUUGAUAGAGAAGAGAUUAAGCGUGACGAAUGGCCAAACUUGGAUAUUCUUGAAGAAUUUGUUAAAGAAGAAUAUGAGAUUGCCGAAAGAGAAAAUGGUCAGGGCAUUAAUACAGAGCAAUCAGUAAAUUUUGGUGCACAUCAUCGUAUACACGACGAAGGGGUUGGAACAAGAACCGGAGCUAGGGCUGCAACUGAAGGUGGGGCAGCAGCUGUCGUUGGUACUGGUUCAUAUAGUCCAAGACUGCACAAUGAUCGGAAACAGCAGCAGCAACAACAACCAUCAUCAUCAUCAUCAUCACCACCACAACAACCAUCAUCAUCAUCAUCAUCACCACCACAACAACAACAACAACAACAACAACAAAACAAGGAUGUGGGAGUUGACGAAGAUGAUGCCGAUGAAAAUACUCCUCUUAUUGAAAACUUUCAAUCAAACGACCUUGAGUCAUUAAAUUCUCUUUCAGAAUCAUUUAGGGUUCGACCCACGCCAACUCAGCCAUGGGAGAAAUCCAAAGACCAAAUUCCUACCAUAUUGAACAGGAAGAGCACAUCCCCAAAUCAGAAAAACCGGAACCAAAAAGAUGGCGAGGUUUGUCGUUAUACUUAUUUUCGAGAAGAUUUACCAAAAACCAUUUAUUCGCCAACUAUUGGUGGCUUGUUGAGUGAUGACCCCAAAUUGAGCAUCCAUGAUAGGUUGGUGGAAUUAUUCAGACCCGGAACAAGAUCCUUUGGCGAUAACUCUACCAUUAGCCAUAAGCAGCAAGAUUCUUUAUCUUCAACUAAUUUGCAAUCACAACAACAAAUACAAACACAAACACAAACACAACCACAAACACAACCACAAUUGCAAUCACAAACUCCAACACUGACUCACGCUUUGUCUCAAGCACAAGCACAAUCACUCAAGCCAGGAAGAAUUGGUAAUGAAACCCCAUUACCGCUUUCUAUCAAUGGAGAAAUAGUUAAUGAUCCAUUUUGGUUAGAUGUGCUUGAUCCAACAGAGGAGGAAAUGAAGGUUAUUUCACGAACAUUUGGAAUCCACCCAUUGACAACAGAAGACAUCUUUCUUGGUGAAGCAAGAGAAAAAGUUGAACUAUUUAGACUGUAUUAUUUUAUUUGUUUUACUUCUUUCGACGUGGUUUACGAGAGAAGAAAACAGAAAGCAAAAGAGCAGGAAAAAAAGUAUAAUAAAUUGCAGGAAAUGUAUGAAAAUGCUUCCGACCAUGAUAGCUUAUACGGACAAUAUAAUGGGAAUGGUAAUCAUGGAGCUGUGCAAAGAUUCUUAUCAAAAGCUUUUGGAGGCUUAUUCAAGGGCAAAAAGAAACCUCCUUCAAUAUAUGAGAAACCGCAAUCUUCAUCAAUGAAGUCCAAGGGAAAAAGAAUUAGGGAAGGUGAGCUUGCACCUUUGAACAUGUACAUGAUUGUGUUUAAGAAUGCAGUAAUCAGUUUCCAUUUUUCUCCAACACCACAUCCCAUAAAUGUCAGAAGAAGAGCAAGAAUGUUAAAAGACUACCUCACAGUGUCUUCAGAUUGGAUAUGCUACGCCUUAAUUGAUGAUAUUACUGAUUCGUUCGCACCAAUGAUUGAAACCAUUGAGACAGAAGUGAACUCCAUUGAGGAUGCCAUCUUGAGGAUGCAUUCGGGAGAAAAUGAAGACUCUGAUGAUUCCGACGAUGAAGAAGAUGAUGGGGCAAGUCAAAGUAUACAUCAGCACACUAAGCAUCCCCGCCAUGUCCACAAUCAUCAUUCUCAGCAUCAAAAUCGUAACAACGAACGCGAGAAUGUUUUUGUGUGGCGUAAGAGAUCCAAAUCCAUGGUGGAACCAAACCCACAAGGAUUCUACCGAAUGGCAAACACCAAGUCCAAGGCAAGUUCAUCGAGCUCGUCAACGUCCGAUACUGGAUCAUCACAUAUUUUGGGGUGGAAACGAAAGGGUGAUAUGUUACGAAGAAUUGGAGAGUGCAGAAAACGUGUUAUGUCAGUGCUUCGACUUCUCAGUUCCAAAGCAGAUGUGAUUAAAGGGUUCAGUAAACGUUUUAAUGAUGUAGAUACUGGUAAUUACCAACAGCUGGAGAUUGCUAUGUAUUUAGGGGACAUUCAAGAUCACAUAGUCACCAUGAUCCAAGCAUUGAACCAUUAUGAGAAAUUGUUGGCACGUUUCCACCUGAAUUACUUGGCUCAGAUAAAUAUCGAUAUGACAAAAGUUAAUAAUGAUACUAACGACGUAUUGGGUAAGAUUACUAUUUUGGGUACGAUUGUCCUUCCAAUCAAUGUUGUGACUGGUCUUUGGGGUAUGAACUGUAUAGUACCAGGACAAGAUUAUGAUGGAUUACUAUGGUUUUGGUGUAUUGUUGGUGCCAUGGCCUUGUUUAGUAUAUUUGCUUAUCAUUAUGCUAGAAGGGUAACAGGUUUAUAA